AUAAAUAAUUCUCUUAGCCUCACACUCUCUCGAUUCGGAGAUCUGGCGGUCGCCGAAAAGAAAAAAUUAUGGAACAAACAUGACAGCAAUUCGCAUUCGCGCCUCAUUUGAAGUUCAAACGCGAGAAAAGUAGCACAGAACUUGCCAUAUAUACCAAUAUAUACUUGUGAUCGGACCUAAAUACGGAUGCGUGGUGAUUAAAAAACGGAACACAAAGAAUACAAUAAAUUUUAAAUACAUUAAAAAUAAAAAAAACAAAUCCAUGGAAAUACUUAUACUCAAUGAGGAAUUUAAAAUAAAUUGAGAAUGAAAUCUAUAAAUGAAAAGUGUUGUGUACAAAAUUUUGUUGUUAUUGUUCUUGUGCUCCUGGUGAUAUUUGCCAGAGUAAAUUUGGCCAAAUCAUCCGAAGAGAGCCUCUCUGAGGAGGAGACCCAAACACAAUCUGUGCCCACAUCAACCAGGCGAAGCAUAACCACUGCUGGAUUGAGUUCUAUACUUAAUAUAAGUCAAAGCUGCCUCAAUUGGACUGAUCAUCCUGAAUCAGCAGUUGGCAAUUGCUCAAAAUUAACACGAUAUGGUAUACUAAGAUGCUACGGUGGAAUGAAUAAUCUAGCUGCUUUAUCAAAAGUGGACAAACAAUUUUCGUCGGCGCAGCAAAUGGUUCUUUGUGGCUGGCCACAGAAUGUCUUCAAUCCGCUGAGUGAAUUGCAAAAACUACCUCGCCUGCGAUCGCUGACCAUUGAGUAUAGUGGAUUUACGGAAUUCAUAUUUGAUUUUCCGGAAAUGUUUUAUCUGCACACCAUCAAUAUCUCCUGGACGAAUCUCUCAUAUAUAUCGGCGCGCACAUUUAAGCGUGUUCAUCCAUUGAAAGUUUUGGAUUUGCGUUGGAAUCAAUUGAUACAAUUGGAUAGUCCAUUGCUAUUGCCGCGUAGCUUUGAACAACUCUAUUUGGCCGGUAAUCCAUGGAAUUGUACAAGGAAUUUCAAAUGGUUGCUACUCCAGCCGGAGAAGGGACGUCUGGUGGCCGAUCGUGACGAGUUAUUGUGCACGGAUCGCAAGUAUAAGGAGCGACAAAUGUUGCUAGUGAUGCACUAUAAACUGGUACUGAAGCGAGAGUGUCUAUCACAUCCAGAUUUACAGAAUUGCACUUGCCUAAUGCAUCAUAUAUUACCAAAAUCACAUAUUCCACUGUAUACGGUCAAUUGUUCACAUAUGCGUUUCUAUAGCUUGCCAGCAUUUCUGCCCGAUAAUACCACGACAUUGUUUAUGAAUGAUAAUCUAAUAUCGGAUAUCAAUCCAUUGCGUUACAAUCCCCAUUAUCGGAAUGUGAUCGAUGUUCAGCUGGAGAACAAUCGUAUUUCGAAUGUCGAUGAUCUAGAGAAUACCUAUUGGCUGCAGAACUUUCGUCUCUUCAAUUUGCGUGGCAAUAUUUUGAGAAAACUGCAUGUCUAUGCCUUGGACAAUGCCCUCAAUGAGAAUGGGAAUGCUGUUUUUUUACUUAUGAGUCGAAAUCCUUGGCAUUGCACUUGCAAAUUUGGUAUGCGUUUACGCGAAUUGUUAACCAAGUAUAGGGAAAUAGUUAAAGAUGCCACCAAUGUCUCCUGCACCUAUAUGCAGGGUGAUGAUCUCCAUUUGGCCAAAGUCUUGUCAUUAAGUAGGCAUGACAUAUGCAAUGUGAGUGUCGAAAGUAGCUCAAAAAUCCAUCCAAUCGAUUGGCUAAACGCUGUCUUGGCUAGUCUCAUUUUAUUGAUUUUAGGUAAAUUGGCAUUCGACUAUUAUCAUUAUAAGUAUUAUGGUAAAGUUCCUUGGAUAGUUAUGAAAAUGCCAUAGCUAUGUAGAAAUACAUAUAUUAUAUAAGUAUAUUGAUGAAUCAUUUAAAACCAGUAUUAACUAUUUAGUAAAUUUAGUAAAUAGACACUAUCGAUUGCAUUUCUCAAAUUUCCUCAAUUCCAAUUAAUUAUCUUAAGCAUUUUACU